CAGAAGCAUUUCAGGAGCCUCUCUUUGUCCUCACGCGUAUAUGAACCCCGACAGCGUGCGAGGAGGAAAGGGGAUAGCGGGACUCAAACGGAUGGGUUAAUAAGAAUGUGGUUUCAUCAUCGAGAUUACUGAGGGAUGUGGUGAAUUUCACAAGCUUGUACACAGUCGGGACGUACUUGCGGAUAAGUGUGGAGAUCGAUACAACGAGCACUAAGGCAGCGGUCCCUCUAGAAGCACCAUGAGUUGGAGCUUUUUAACCCGACUUUUGGAUGAAAUAUCCAACCAUUCCACCUUCAUGGGCAAGAUCUGGCUCACCUUAUUCAUUGUCUUCCGCAUCGUGUUGACUGUUGUGGGGGGAGAAUCGAUAUACUAUGAUGAACAGAGCAAAUUUGUCUGCAACACGCAGCAACCCGGUUGUGAGAAUGUCUGCUACGACGCCUUUGCUCCCCUCUCUCACGUCCGAUUCUGGGUUUUUCAGAUCAUCUUAAUCGCAACCCCCACCAUUAUGUAUCUGGGCUUUGCAAUGCAUAAGAUCGCCCGCAUGAACGACGAGGAAUACAAAAUGCGGAACAGAAAGUGCAUGCCCAUGGUUAAGCGAGGGGCCAACCGCGAAUAUGAAGAGGCAGAGGACGAUGGCGUAGAAGACCCCAUGAUGUCUGAGGAGAUCUUGCUGGAGGACAAAAAAGAGCCAGAGAAGAACUCUCCUAAACACGACGGGCGCCGCAGGAUAAAACGUGAUGGGCUCAUGAAGGUGUAUGUUCUGCAGCUCUUUUCAAGGAUUAUUUUCGAGGUGGGCUUCCUUUUCGGUCAGUACGUUUUGUACGGUUUUGAGGUCGCGCCUUCGUACGUGUGCACGCGUAGCCCAUGCCCGCACACGGUGGACUGCUUUGUGUCGCGGCCCACUGAGAAAACCAUCUUCUUGAUGAUCAUGUAUGCCGUGAGUGCCCUCUGUUUGUUGCUUACGCUCCUGGAGAUCCUUCAUUUGGGCAUCAGCGGGAUCCGUGACGCUUUCCGGCGGCGGGCGCGCCACCACACCAUGGCUCGCCCAAGUGGUGCCAUAUGUACACGGAUGCCUUCCGCCCCACCCGGGUACCACACUGCGCUAAAAAAGGGAAUAAAACCGGUGUAUAAUUUGGCCGACUCGGGGCGAGAGUCUUUUGGUGACGAGACGUCGUCAAGAGAGAUCGAUAGGCUGCGUAGACACCUGAAACUGGCCCAGCAGCAUCUGGAUCUGGCCUAUCAGAAUGGAGAGAGCAGUCCAUCACGCAGCAGCAGUCCAGAGUCAAACGGCACCGCCGUCGAGCAGAACCGACUCAACUUUGCUCAGGAGAAGAAAGGAAGCACCGGUGAUAAAGGGAUCCGUGCUUGAGUGAGAGACCACCAUCUGCUUUACUGUGCAGCUAAGCACCCAAACCGUAGUUGGCAUUUCUCACCUGGGAAAGUGGACAGUCUUAGUGUUUUUUUUUUUGCAUACUUAAAGUGCGUAAAGCAACUUGCGACUGAUGACUGAGAACAUGUGUAUGGACUGGUGAAUAAAUGAAAACACGCCAGGCAGUAUUAUGGCAAGAAAACGCCAAGUUACCAUCUCACAAGCCAGUUGUACUUGACUCUAGCCAGUCUGCCUAAUACUCCAAAGUACCCAAAAGCUAGUUAGGAAGAUGUUACGCUUUAAGGACUCCUCAUUCACUAGGCGGCUGUGCAAUGUCUCUGUUUUUCCAUCUUUUUUUUUUUUAUGUAGGAAAUCAGUGGUUCUUCCAUUUGUUUACCACUCUUCUUAGGAAGUACCAAGGGUUGCAUCUCAAAUGCCUUAAAACUGGAGUUUACAUGUUAUCUUUGCCAUUCCAAAACAAGACGGAUGAGCCAGUGUUCGAUGACAUCAGAAGUUUAGUUUGUGUGUUUAGAACAGUUCUGUGUUUGAGUAGUGGACCACAGUUAGUUUGUGUAUGUUUGUAAAGGGGGCCGGGCUGCUGUAUUUAACAGGACAGGAUGUGUUGGGUUUACGGAGUGAGAAUAAACCGGAUUUGUGUUACGUCUGGGACCUUGAAGUCAGUUCUUAAUGCCUGUUGUCCAAAUGAACAAAAUGGAAACCUGGAAAAUGCUUGAAUACUUGUGAAAUCUUAAUUAUUGUCAUACAAAGAGGCUUUUUAUGUUUUAUUUGCUUAUUGCGUAAGUUAGUUGUAUAUGAGAAGUAUUUUGGUAAAUAUGCCACUCUAUUUUUAAGAGGCUUCUCUGUAAACUAUGAUCGCGUCAGUCUUAUGUUUCAAUUUUUUGAGGGUUAAAGCUAUUCUUUGGAGAAUGUCUUUCAAGGCGUUUUUCGUGUUGUCAAACAGUUGAAAGCACUAGUAAAAUGUCUCGCUUCUAUAACAACAUUUCAUGUAUUUGGUUUUCAGUGUCUGUAUCUUUUUGGGUUAUGAAUACAUAUUUCUGUUUGCAUCUGUGUACAUGUUUUGCCUCUAUGCAAAUGCAAAAUUUUGUUAGUCCAAAUGCAGUUUUACUUGUAAUGGCAAUAAGAUCACAGAACUGAAACCCAGAGAGCGUUUUAUACAUUAAGAGCAAUUUAUCUUCUUGGAUCAAUUAUGUAAGCAUGUCUCUUUUGGCCAGGUUUUCUACUUCUGUAAAUGUGUCAGCAUCAUCUCAUUUUUUUGUAUUUUCUAAUGAUGUUUUGUACUUUUUUGUAAAAUGGUAUUUUGUGAUAUGCUAAAAUAAACAUUUUGAACUAAA